AUGAUGGACGAGUUGCAGUGUGAGGGCUUUUUUAAGUAUUACCCGUCUCCUCUCCAAUUAAAAGAACUUCGAUUAACUUUCAUUGCCAACUGCAGCAUUAACAAUUUUCUGACGUAUACUGCUGUCAUGUUGAACAUUGCAACAAUUUAUGCGAUACGGAAAACUACAUUGUUGCCAAAGACUUUGAGAACAUUACUGCUGAGUCUCGCUGUUUCUGAUAUUGGCGUUGGUUUAUUUGUUCAACCAUUUCACUCAUAUUUUUUGGUCAUUUGGAUGCAACUCCAAAGUCCCAGCUGUAUAACUUACCAAAUAAACAAUGUUGUUACCAUGCUAUUUGCGGUUGCUUCUUUCCUGGGUGUUGUGGCUCUAAGUGUAGACAGGUUCUUUGCCAUCCAUUUUCAUCUCAGAUACAAUGAGAUUGUGACUCACAAGCGCGUUGUUGCUGCAGUGAGCUCAGUUUGGAUCUUCAGUGUUUUCGUUUCUUCAAUGAAAGUGUGGUGUCCUGUUGAUACUGGGAAGAUUGUUCUUUUGGUUAUUGCAGCUACAGGUCUCGCUGUUAUCGCUGUUGUGUAUACCAGGGUAAAUGUAACUGUUCAACGGCACAAGAAUCAGAUUCAGUCCAUGCAAGUACAGGACGUAGCUCAAGCCAGUGAUACCAAUAAUUAUUUCGGCCAAAUCAAAUCUACGGUUUGUGUAUUUUACGUAUAUAUCGUGUUGUUAGCGUGUUGUUUUCCAUACACUAUUUGUAUCGUUGCGAUUCAAAUCAAUGGCCCGACUAUAUCUUUAAAAGGAUUUCAUAUUUUUUCCCUGACUCUGGGACUCCUCAAUUCAUCUCUAAACCCUGUAAUUUACUGCUGGAAGAUGAGACACAUUCGACGCGCAAUCGUGAACAUACUGCGGAACAUGUCUUGGGCCAUAAUUUUCCCAUUACGAUUACACAACAAUCGAUCGUCGAAUGUCGUACAUGUUGAGAACUGAACGGCAAAGCAAAUCGAGGGAGGACGAACGAGAAUGUUCAGUAUUGAGACAGACUGAUACGAAGGUGCUGGAACAAUUUUGCAACUGCAAUUUUUAAUUAAGUAUUUUAUUGUCAAAUUACAUGCCAAACGGUAAAAGAACUAAUCAGACAAUAGUCACAGAGUGGAGUCGGAGUGAAACAGGAUUGCUCGCGUCAUUUUCGAUAGACAUUGAA